GAAAUCUCUGUCCAGAGCGACUGCCCGAUUUGUUCUCGUUCUUUUUUGCUGUUUUUACCAGUUCAUGUUUUAUAGAUCACUUGUUCAAGAUGGCGGUCUCGUAGUUACCCGUGUAAACAAAAUGUUCUCUGAGACAGACAGAAAAGAAAAUAUAGACUAGUUUGAAGAUCACUGAAAGAACAAAAAAAGGUUCGAUGUGUCGAAACUUUCUGCAGAGGAUUGUCUGUCGAUAAACAUCAGUUGUGUUGAAAUAUUAAGGCCUCUGCUAUGAUGGCGGGGCGUACAGAGUUUUUUGUCAAGAUGAAUAGGCUGAUUCUGCCUGAACUUGAGAGUCAGUCUGCACCUGUGAGAUUUCGACCUGUGUUUUAUGACCCUCACCUUGUGGAAGAAAGACAGCUUGAUGUGGAAGAUGAGAGUGAUCAGUCAGAUGUAGAGACAGAACAAGGGAAAGGAAAACAUCCUUUACCUCAUUUCUUCAAGGACCCCCUGGCUGGACCUUCUGCUGAUUUGACUAAAGAAGACACAAAACAGGAUGAAACUGACACAAAUUUGAAAUUGGGCCGAAACAUGCGGGCAAGCAGUGGACUGAUCGGUGCCACAAGACAAAAGGACAUUCACGAGUUAAUGAACACACGGAGACAACUACUGCAGCAGCAAAAGGAGCAAAUAGAGCUGGUGAGUGAAGAGGAGAACUCUGAGCAAGCUGCGUCCAUUCUGGUGAACAACCUCCUCCUUAAAGGCUUCCAUAUCUCUGCUCCGAGUGACUCGUCGCUACCUUCACCAUUCCGUCUUCCUCAAAAGAAUGAGGUGUCCAGCGAAGAAGAACUUCAGGCAUCAGCAGAGAGGCAAAAGCUGAUAGGAGCUUUUCACAGGGAACUUGUUCGUGUCCAUGCCAAAGAUACGUCAGAUGGGUAAAAGGUUUAGAAAGUUGCUGAGAGUAAUUUCGCCUCGUAAUUUUCCUUUUCACUUUACAAGAAAAUUCCUCAAACUUGAAAACUAUAUAUUUUAAAAUUUGUAGACAUGAAACUUGCAUAAUAAUCUCUGACGUACUAUUUUUCAUUUAAACUAGAUUGAAUAACUUCAUAGAUAUAUUUCAAGCACAGAGAGACAUUAUCAAUAUAUGUAUCUUAAAAAAGAGGUUACCGUAACAUAAAUGUUUUAAAUUUUCAAAUCAUUAUGUAAAGGUUAAAAAGGAAAGAAAAAUGCUACUUUUUUAAUCUGGUGUAAAUUUUGGUUACAGUGGUAUGCAUAUCUGAAAUAAUUCAAAAAUAACAUUGUGUCACAAAAUACAUAUAAUACUGCUUAGCACAUCUGCAAAUAAGUUUGGACAUUAAAAAAACCCAACCAUUGCUGGUCAUCGCAGUAGUGCAAUUGUUGAGCUAUGUUCAUCCUCGUUUGCUCAAGGACACACCUCGGUGGCCUCCUACCGUACUUAAUAGUCAUCAUCAUCAACAUUGCUUGACAUUAUUUUCGAGCCUUCAUCGCAUUAAUCACUAGGCCAAUAUAUAUAUGCCUUGCUUUAUUUCCUUUUUCAACAAAAUUUUUCGUGACAAUUCUUAAGAUUAUAUUUAUGUCAAUUCAGAAUUUCCUGACCUAGUGAAGGUUUCAUUCAGUGAUGAAUGAAUGUUUUUUUAUUUGAACGAAACGAGAGGAGCGAAGAACUGAAGACUGCAGGAAAUUUUUUAAUUGAUGUGACUGAAAUUUUGUUGUAGGAUUUAGAUCAUUAAGGCUGCCUUGAAUCUACCUGUCAGCUCCAACCUGGGUUUAGUUGGAUACACCAUCCCAGAAGAUCUUCUCCUUAGCUUUUCCAGUAAAUGGGAAUUGCUUUUUGAACCUUUCCGCAAUAAAACAUUCUGUCUCUUGCCAUUCUGCCUGCCUGAGUUGUUUUGAUGCCAAGCCAGGUUUUGUAUGUCUUGUUCCCAUCCUCUGUUAGGUCUCCUCUUCCUCUCUUUGCCUCCAGAAUAUGAUUUUCGAGUGAAUCAAGACUGAGGUACUCGAUAAAAUAACUUCCUGGCUCGGAAAACUAACUCACCAAUUCUGUGUGAAAAAGCAAAGGACCUAACCAGCACACCAUGAAUGCUGGUUGAAUAUAUCUUUACUUGUAUUUGUGUGGAUAGAUUAAAUUGAUGCAGUAGAAGCCAUAUUAUAAUGUGAUCUGCAAGGUCAUAAAUGUCUAACAUGUUGCAAAAACUUCAUACACUGGAGUCCAAAAUACCUGACUAGGACAUAUAUUUUUAGCUUCAACCAUUUGACUUGAUAUCACUUUUUGGCCUUAUUAAUCCAAGCAUAUUAAAGUGAGGCUAAAACUCAAUUAAUGUUUAUGGUUUUGAGGCAUGCUUUGAAAAUUGACAAUAAUAUGUGCUCUGGAUACCAUUGUUAGAACUUUUAUUAUCCUCUUAUCUGAAGGUAGGGUUUACUAAACAUUUUCUUUGAUAUUUUAUUUUUUUUUAAAAUUUACUGCCAUUCCAUUUUUUCUUUAUACUUAGUAGACUGAGAAAAUAGGAAGAGUUCAAAUAGGAAUAAUAGAAAUUUCUUAAACCAUAUGACCCAACGGGUCCCUUUUAAAGACUUGUCCUGUCUUUUGAAUUUGACCAUUAUUUUACAUUGAUAUCUGAAGUAAAGCAGUUGUUAGUUUUUUUCAAUGUUGUUGUUAUUGAUUAUUUAUUUAUUUCUGGAGUUCUCAGUUCAAUAGUCUCUAUUGAUGGUUCCCCUUACCCAUUUAGCUAUGUUAUACCUGGAAUCAAAGAGAGACUUGAGCAUUACAUGUGUAAGGGAAAGGGUGGAAAGAGGAUUGAUACAUUCUUCUUUGAGCAUAUUUACCUGGUGUUGUGAACAGGGCCAAAAUUGUUUACCAACAGCUUUGAACAGAGUUUUUAGACACGUUUUAUUUGUGACACCUCAAUGCAUUUUGUUCUUUUUGGGUAUAUAUACACAAACAUGUAUGUACACUUGACUUUUGUCAUGAAAUGUUAUAAAUUAAUGAGAGGUCUUUCCACGCUCAGAUGUGUACAAGCAAAGAUUCAGUGAAUGACUUCUAGAGCUGCUGCAGUUGAUGAUGUUCAAAGGCAUAUGAUCAUGAAUGUCAACAGAGGAUUUGCACUCUCUUUGCUUUUCCUUGCUAAUAAAUUGUUUAAUUAAGAGUCUUUAUGUUGAUCAUUGGUCUCCUCUUAAUCUGUGUUGGAACUUGUCCCUAUUCUUAAAUUCGAGUUAGCUUUAGUAUAGACAUUUCAUUCUAUAACAUCCCAAUCCUGAAUAGAAGCACAGCUUCUUUUCAGAAUCAAUACCAGUGCCUCAUCGCUGGUAUCGUGUGGGUUCAGCACAGUAGACUUCUCUAAGCUGGGAGAACUCUGUUUGAAUGUCAUGUCUCUGUAUAUGGCUUGAAUAAGUUACUUGUAUUGUAUUCUGACAUGCUGCAUACCUGAGGUUUAUAAGUGACCUAUACUUUUAUUAUCACAGCCAUUCUAGUUGGGCAUUUUGCCAGGUGCCUGUUUUUAGGUAGAUUCUACCUCAAUGCUGUGUAAUUUCACUUUGGCUGGGGAUUUUUUUUUCUUUAGCUAACUGGCUGUUCUACAUUUAAUGGCAAUGUUAUAACUUUUCAGUUAAGUCAAGCCCAUAAGGAUUUUUGGUCACACAAUACUGAAAAUGCUGGUAGUGGUAGAGUUUGAGUCUGCAUAAAGCUGGUAUUCGUCUGAUCAAAGCUGUGGUGUGAGCUAUGUAUCGUUUUGAUUCAAGCGGAGAAGAGGUAAACAUUAUUGUAUGCAGAUCGUCUGGAUCACUAUGAGUCUAAUUUAAACUUAUGUGUGGAUAACAUUUCCUGACAUCUUGAUACUUUGAAAUGCUCUAUAUUGAAAUACGAGUAAAAUAUGAGGUAUGGAUGGCAAUUGAAAGUUUUUCUAUCAAGUAAAUCAAGUUACGUUACACCUCUUGAGCCUUAUCUUGUUUAUUUCUCGGAUUUGUUGUAUGAUUCUGAUUCAAACAGUACCUUUAUGACAAUAAUAUUUGAGAUCUGUGUUGUUAAACAGAUAUGAAUUUUUGACCUUGUGAAAUCCAUUGUCUUUACAACCUGUGCAUUUGGUAUGUGGUCACAGCUUUUACUUAUUUCAUUGCGUUUCAACUUUGUUAUGUACACCUAGGAAACUAGCUUUACUUGUAUUCAAAUGUUGAGUGUUUGAUUGUUGCUGAUAUAUACUUCCUUUACCUGUGUAGAUGUACUCAAAUUGCUUGUGCGGGGUACCAAAAAAAGAUUUUUGUGAUUUACUAUACGUUAUAGAACUAUUGUUUGGUAUUUUUAUGUAUAAUGUGUGUAUUAUAUAACUGCCUGUUUAUACUGUUGUGAUACUGUUUUUAAUAAAGAGAGAGAGAGAGAGAGAGAGAGAGAGAGAGAGAGAGAGAGAGAGAGAGAAA